AAAAGAGUUUGCAACGUUCGUUGUAAACUAUAACUCACAGCCAGAGAAGUGGAACAUGGAAAAAGCAAUUGCCAUGUGUGCACAAGAGAAAGAUAGACUCAAGAAACAGAAUGGUGGGUCUGUCAAUUUUGUGCAUAAUAACAAGAAAAGGCCUUUCCAUGCUGCUUCUUCCUCUAAAGCUAAAGACAAAGCCCCUAUGCCACAGAAGUAUCAGCAACAGCGUCAGCAACAGCGCCCUCCAGCACAAGAUGAGUGCUUCCACUGCUUUGAUAAGGGGCAUCGUAAAGCAGAUUGUCCCGCUUACUUAAAGAUGAUAAUGGCAAAGAAUGGGAUUCCGUUCGACAAGGACUACGCAAAGAAGCGAAAGACACAUUAAAGUCGCGAACGGAG